CAUCAGGAAGGGGUUUCGUUCGGCGGCGAGUCGUUCGCAGUCUCUGUCUCUGUGUGUUGUGUGUGUGUGUGUGUGUGUGCGUGUGUGUGCGCGCGUGUGUGUGUGUGUGUGUGUGUGCGUGAGUGUGUGUGUGUGUGUGUUUUGAGUGUUGUGUGUGAUGUCCCGAUGCGUCCGCUGUCUCCGAUACACCGGAGACACGCCGAGGGGAAGCCAGAGACAGAAAGUCCAGCUCGGCGAGCAACCUUAGAAACACAGAAGCUGUCAGAAGCAGAAGAGCUUUCCCCCCCCUGAGCCACAUAUCUCUGCAGGUCAAUGGAGCUGGAGAAUAUAGUCGCCAACACGGUCCUGUUAAAAGCCAGAGAAGGAGGUGGAGGAAAACGCAAGGGCAAAAGUAAAAAGUGGAAAGAAAUAUUGAGGUUUCCUCACAUCACUCAGUGUGAAGGGCAAAGAAGAUAUGUAGAGAGAAACUAUUCCUGCUUGUGUGAAAAGCAGCCGAUUGGAAGGCUCCUUUUUCGACAGUUCUGUGAAGCUCAACCCAGUCUUCAGCACUACAUAAAUUUCCUUGACUCGGUGGCAGAGUACGAAGUAAUGCCAGAUGAAAAACGUGAAGAGAAAGGGCAAGAAAUGAUCAGUAAAUACCUCACCCCAGAGACCCCAGAAUAUAUAGAGGUCAGCGAAGAUAUUGUCCAACAAUGUAAAGAAAAACUUGAAAUAAAUGCGUGCAAAGAACUCUUCUGUAACUGUGUAAAGUCGGUGCAUGAUUAUCUCAGUGAUCAGCCAUUUAAUGACUAUCAGGAAAGCAUGUACUUUGAUCGCUUUCUCCAGUGGAAAUGGCUGGAAAGACAAGCUGUAACAAAAAACACCUUUAGGCAAUACAGAGUUCUAGGAAAAGGCGGCUUUGGUGAGGUGUGUGCCUGUCAAGUCCGGGCUACAGGAAAAAUGUAUGCUUGUAAGAAAUUAGAGAAAAAGCGAAUAAAAAAGAGAAAAGGAGAAGCUAUGGCUUUAAAUGAAAAGCAGAUUUUAGAAAAAGUUAACAGUAGAUUUGUAGUUAAUUUAGCUUAUGCUUAUGAAACAAAGGACGCACUGUGCUUAGUUCUGACCUUAAUGAAUGGAGGUGACUUGAAGUUCCAUAUCUACAACAUGGGAAAUCCAGGGUUUGAAGAAGACCGGGCAGUAUUUUACGCAGCUGAAAUCUGUUGUGGUCUGGGAGAUCUUCACAAGGAAAAUAUAGUUUACAGAGAUCUGAAGCCUGAAAACAUACUGUUAGAUGAUUAUGGUCACAUUAGGAUAUCUGAUCUGGGUUUAGCUGUGAAAAUUCCUGAAGGGGAUACAAUCCGUGGCAGGGUAGGAACAGUAGGAUACAUGGCACCGGAAGUACUAAAUAAUCGUCGAUAUACAUUAAGCCCUGACCUCUGGGGUCUGGGGUGCCUAAUCUUUGAAAUGAUUGCUGGACAGUCUCCAUUUAGAGGUCGGAAAGAGAAAGUCAAAAGGGAGGAGGUAGACAGACGAGUGUUGGAAACAGAGGAAACUUACACAGACAAGUUCUCUGAGGAGGCAAAGUCUAUUUGCAAGAUGUUGCUAACCAAAGACCCCAAGCAAAGACUAGGCUGUACAGGAGGUGGUGCUUCAGAUGUGAAGAAAAAUCCAUUCUUCAGGAAUAUCAACUUCAAACGAUUAGAAGCGGGCAUCAUGGAGCCUCCAUUUGUACCUGAUCCACGAGCUGUCUACUGCAAAGAUGUGCUGGAUAUUGAACAGUUCUCCACUGUGAAGGGGGUCAACCUCGAUCAGACAGAUGAUGAUUUCUAUUCAAAGUUUGCGACUGGCUGUGUUUCUAUUCCCUGGCAAAAUGAGAUGAUAGAAACUGAAUGUUUUAAGGAACUGAAUGUAUUUGGUCCAAAUGGAAGUCUACCUCAGGACCUCGAUAGGAGUUAUCUGCCUGAACCACCCAAACGAAGUCUACUUCAAAGACUCUUCCGGCGGCAGAAUCAUCAUAAUCAUUCAAACAGCACUACAAGUGUGAAGGCCCAUUCCAAUCAUCAUGUGGAUUAUCACCAAGCCAAUUCAAACUCUGGAGGAAACAGCUAGUCUCAGCUCAUCGUUCAUAUGGUGAAUCUUGGUAUUCUUCAGUUUUCCCCAUUUUGCUGGAACUCUUUAGCGGGAACGCACCAGUUCCUGGUAGGGUAACCAUUCCACAUGACAGAGCUGCUCCGUUUCCUUUGCUCGAGCUGCCCCACUUCCUCUCAGGUCUGUCUUGGAGGCUGGGAUCAAGACGUUCGAAACAAGAUGGCGUCUCCUUAGAGUAUCGCAAUAGCAAAUCAAUGAAAAUGGCUACUUGCACGUAUUUAAGAAAAUAGCAUUUACUAGAACUGUAUUUUGUCUUUAUUAAAAAAAGGUUUUGUAAAUUUCUCUAUAACUGUCUUGGUUUACAUUUUGUACAUUUGUAUUUAAAGCAAGUCAGAAUCAGGAUGUAAAUUUUCAGUCCAGCAGCUACAAAGCCAUGUGCUGAUUCCACAAUGAACAUCUUACCUAUUUUUUAUGAAUUGUGAUUUAAGACUUCCUCCACAUUUAACAGUGAAAGAGAACUUCUUAACUCUGCAAUAGAACAUUUUUUCAUAUCUUUUGCCAUAUCUGCAAUCAUUUUAUAUUUUUGUAGUUUGUUAUAGCUUGGAAUUUUAUUAAAUAUCCCUCUUUCA